GGGUUAGUGACGCUGGCGCUGCAGCCGCCGCUAGCGCCGAGUUCUAUUCUCCCAAGCCGGCGACCGCCCCGCCGCCUCCCUCCCUCCCGCCCGCUUCCUCUGCCCACCGCGCCGGCCAGAGCGAGCUAGACAAGGGCACGCGGGGCCUCGCCUAGACCCGAGAAGGCUGCGGGCGCGCGCAAGCGGCGGCGUGGAAGCGGUGAGCGCCCCCAUCCCGGAGGUCUCCGCCGGCUCCCGGUUCCAUACUGGCUCCUCCCCACAGUAUUCACGAUUUUGGCAAACCUUUGCUACCUGCCUGUCAGAUGCCAGUCCUUGUGCUGGCGAUUGAAGAUUCCGAGUUGAGUAAUUCACUGUCCCUGCCUUCAAGGAACUCUCAGCCUGGUGUGAUGAGACAGAUAAACAAAUAGAUAUAAUAACCUGUUAAAGGUACACUCACAGCAAGGUGAAUCGGCUCCCGGCCAACUUUAGGAUUCUUCUGGAUUUUAAAUUUUUUCUUUUUAAAAAAACUUGGACGGAUAAAAGAUGUGCCAUGGCAGGAUAGCACCAAAGAGCACCUCAGUGUUUGCCGUGGCCUCCGUGGGACAUGGAGUGUUCCUUCCUCUGGUGAUCCUUUGCACCCUGCUUGGAGACGGACUUGCUUCUGUGUGCCCCCUACCACCGGAGCCAGAGAAUGGUGGCUACAUCUGCCAUCCCCGGCCCUGCAGAGACCCCCUGACAGCGGGCAGUGUCAUCGAAUACCUGUGUGCUGAAGGCUACAUGUUGAAGGGCGAUUACAAAUACCUGACGUGUAAGAAUGGCGAGUGGAAACCAGCCAUGGAGAUUAGCUGCCGUCUCAACGAGGAUAAAGACACCCACACAUCACUUGGGGUCCCCACGCUGUCCAUAGUGGCUUCUACUGCCAGCUCCGUGGCGCUCAUUCUCCUCCUCGUGGUGCUGUUUGUGCUGCUGCAGCCAAAGCUGAAGUCUUUCCAUCAUAGCAGGCGUGACCAGGGAGUAUCUGGGGACCAGGUCUCCAUCAUGGUGGAUGGAGUCCAGGUUGCACUACCAUCAUAUGAGGAGGCCGUAUAUGGCAGUUCUGGUCACUGUGUACCACCCGCUGACCCCAGAGUACAGAUUGUGCUGUCAGAAGGGUCUGGGCCCAGUGGGAGGAGUGUGUCAAGGGAGCAACAGCCGCCGGACCAGGGGGCCUGCUCCUCUGCAGGUGGAGAGGAUGAGGCCCCAGGCCAGUCUGGACUAUGUGAAGUCUGGGGCCCUCGGGGCUCAGAGACUGUGAUGGUGCAUCAGGCAACCACCUCUUCCUGGGUGGCCGGCUCAGGGAACCGCCAACUGGCACACAAAGAAGCUGCAGAUUCAGAGAACAGUGACAUACAAAGCCUUUUAUCCCUCACGUCAGAGGAGUACACAGAUGAUAUUCCACUGUUGAAAGAAGCAUGAGGGCAGCAGCCAGCCUUUCCUCUCUGCGAGGUUCUCUCAGCCCUUCCUCCCUCUCCCUGUGGGAUUGAGCACCCUGUACUCUCCAGCCACCUUACCUGGAUACCUGAGCUGCCACCUGUGUAUCUAUGUAUCUCUGAGGGCCCUAUAGGCCCACCUUGCUGGAAACUCAAGGAAGAUUCUCACCAUCUGCCUGUUGGACAGCUAGAGGAAUUGGCUCUUUGCCUGGCCCAGCCUUCCCGUCUGUUGGAGACAUAUUUGAAUGUGCUGGAUCGAACCCUCCCUUUUCCUAAGCCUCUGGGUCCCCUCCAGCCAGCUCUUUGGCGGCAGCCCCCACAAGCUCCUGUGGGCCUGAGUGCUGCUGUGUUUACUUGUGCCUUUCCCCCACCCUGUCCAGUUUCCCUGUCAUGCAGGCUUGUUGCUGUCUACAAGCCUUAGUGGCUGCACUGCUGCCCCCUGCCACAUAGGGGGCCAGGCCUGGGUCUAUCCUGUUUCCUUUGAGGGCUGCCCCUGCUGCCCUUUGCAGGAGCUGAUCCAGGUGUGAGAGCUCUUGAGUCAGGAGUGGCAGAAGUGGCUCUAACUGGGGUGAGAGUGUAGUCCCUGGGCUUGCCCUGGGUUGACCCUGGUGGCACAUUUCCUUGGCCGAGGAUGGAAGAUUUGGAAAAUCAUGCCUAAGCUGGCCCAGGACCCAGCCAUCUGGCCCAAAGGCGCAAGCUCCUGGCCUUGUUGAGUUGAGAGUUUCCAAGAAGCAUCCAGAAGAUCCCAAGGGAGAGAAGGAAAAUGGCUGAUAAUGAUUGUCUUCCUAAUAUGCAAGUUCUCACUUCCUACUUCCAGCGUCGGCCUUCCUGGCCUUGUCUUUUUUCUGUUUCCCUGGAGUAUAAGGGGAAGUUGCAUGCUGCCUCCUGGGUUUUAUCCCAGAUAGCUCUGGCUUUCUUGCUACCCACAGGGGCCUUGGGCAGGAAGGAGAGUUGCUGAGAUGUCAUGGAGUGCCCAUCUGGUCACUGGCAAUCUGGGCAGGUUGCCCCUUUCUGGGUUUGUGGUGAUGGAGGGGAGGCCGAGGGGCACAGACUGAGUCCCCGGGUGGCUGCAGGCAGCUCUAGCCCAGUCCUGAGGAUCCUCCUCACCAUAGUCACGUGCCUUAGUAACUGUGCCCAGGAAGUGGCCUGCUGCUUGCUGUGCUGCUGCUUUUCCUACUUCUGCCCUUCCCUGCCACCACUCGCAUGUCACGGCUGACAAACGAUUCCUUGUCUUCCCUGGCCCCCUGGGAGAAGGGCUGAGAAACAGUCCAUGUGCACCCUGACCUUACUGGCCUGAGGUGGGCAGAGGGGUGUGGAGUAGCCUGGAGUACAGAGCCCUGGGGGAGGAGCCCGCUGAUGAGGGGCACUCUCCCAUAGCCAUGUGUUGAAUGCUAACUAGGCUGGGGUGGACGAACUCUGCCAGCUGCUAUCAUCUUCAGAAGAUAGACGCAGCAGUAAGGAAUGUUUGUUUCGCUUUUUUCUGAAAUUUUCUGAAGCACUGUGGCUGGGAAACUUCGAAGCGGACCCUGUGCUGCAUGUCUGCUCCUCCCCUGAGCCUCUCUGAUUGGGGGUGGUAAAAAUAAUAAAAAUCCCAGUAUAUUUUUCAGUACCUUACCUAACAGGGUUGGCUUCAGGCGUGGGUGGCCUAGAAGAUGAGGGGAGUGGUCUUCUCCCAGCCUGUUACCCUCUUGCCUCUUGCCUCUUGCCUCUUGCCUCUGCGCUUACACACGCACUUUACCACCCAGUCAUUCCCUGGCCUCUUACUGCCACUUGUAGUCUUCCUUCCUUCCUCUCAGGGUAAGGGCAGUGCCUGCUGUGCCUGUUGGCCACUCCCACACUUCGCCUCCCCCAGAAGCCCUCAUCUGCUGUGCUGAGUCCAAGAAAGCAUAGUUAGGUAGGGAGCUGGUUGGAGAAGGUGCUAGAACCAGAAGGCAGAUGAGACUAGCAUUGGCCCACCUGGAGAGGUGUCCCUAAUGGCCCCAGUCGCCUUACCACACCCACAGCAGUGCCCUUGUCUUCUUCCAAAAAAGAAAGCAGGGACAAAUGGGGGAGGGGUGGUAGUCCGAAGACUCACUACUGAGCCUUCAGCUUUUAUUUUUCACUGCUUCAAAACCUGAAUUCUAUUCUAGAAUGGUUUUUAAAAUGGAAGAUCUUACCUUUUUCUAUCUUGUUACUCUGGGGUUUUUCCCCACUAAGAGAUUGCACUUUUUGUUUGGGGUUUAUUCAGCUGCAUAGAUGACCAGCUUGAUCCCUGGUGAAAUGAAAAGCCUUCCUUCUCCUGAAACCUCUUUCCGCCCUGCCCUCCACUUAACAACACUGAGGAGCGCAAGCCCAGGCUUGCCCACCUGGUAGGAAAGGAAACCAGAACAAUGGGAGCCUUGACUCGUCUCUUGGCUCCUCCCCUCCUUCUUGUCACUGGCUUUGAUGAGGCCCACUUCCCAGAGGCUCCUGGGCCUGUGAGUACAGGAGCUCAUUCUCCCCUCGCUGCUGAAGUCUGUGACAGCUUCUUCCCCCGGUUAUUUCUCUUUCUUCCAAAGCAAUUUCUUCUUAACCAUCAGCCAUGUGCUGCUAUUUCUAGGGCUUCUGGGCUUUGUCCCUUACUGAGGGAUUAGGGACUCCACAGCUGCCUUGAGGUGGGGCCUGGCUGAGAGACAAGGGCAGCAGCAGGUGGCAGGCUGUUAGAAGAGAGGCUGUCUAAGGAGCCCGGAGCAGGUGGAAACAGGUGGUAGAAACCGGCCACAGCCCUGCUUUCCCGGGCUCACCUCUAGGGCAUUCCAGCAGAAGGCUGAUGCAGGAGAAUGGCCAGCACCAAAGGACAUUUAAAAGAGUUUUUGGGUUUGUUUUUGUUUGUUUUGUUUUGCACACUUGAGCUGAUGGUUUAAUAUCCUGGUGACUUGCAGUGACAUUCUAAUGACUUUCAAGGGCCAGAAUAUGGUGAAAAUCACUUAAAAAAUCCGUCCCUUCCAUGCCUUCGUUUAGCGGGUAGGCUGUAUCUUUUGCCAUUUCUGUAUUUUAUGUGCUGUGUUCCCGUUUCACUGGGUAUGAACUGUGAAAUGGACUGAAUCCUGGCCACUUUAUGAGUUUGGUUUUAUAAGGCAUUUCAAUGUACAUUCUAUAAAUACAAGCACUCCAUUUACAAACAGAUCUUAAGCUAAUAUUUUCUUUCCCAUUCAUCUUGCCCUCCUCCUCCUUCCGCCAGCUUUAAAGUUCAGUGGAGAAGCCAGAUGGCAAUUCAGACAAAGGUAUACUCUUCCUGCUUCAUGGGUGGUGGCACGGGAAUAGAUGGCCCUUGGCCCUUUGCCUCCCAGUCCCAGCCGAGCACUCAAACCACUUGGUUCCCACAUAACGUUGUCGCCUCCAUUUCUGAGAAACAUCCUUGCAUAGAGAAUGAAAUAUGCUGCAAACAUUUCUGCAUCCUUACUUCUCGCCCCCAAAGAAAAAAAAAAGGCCUAGCAGGGAAGCAGCAUGCAGGCUUCACAGCUUAAUGCCAAGGACAGCGAGUGAGGCUGGGAGCUUCUUUUAGGCUUGCUGGGUCUCUAGGCUCUUGGAAUAGGGACAGUCAUUAUUGGUGCCCCAAGGUGGGACUUGGAGAAUAUUUUGCUUGGCAUAUGUUUGGUCUGAAUGAUAUAGUUGCUGGUUCCCUAGAGAGGAAAAGGUGGCAGGCCCAGCUUUGCUGGGAAAUAGCCCUUAAUUUCCCGUUGAAACCCUAGUAGAAUUGUGAAUGAAAACCCCAAAGUUGAGCCCCUCUGCCAAGCAGCAGAGCUAACAGAAGGGGAUGCAGGGGCAAAGCACUCAAUUGCCAAGCAAGGAGGAGAGAUGUACGUGGGCUGUGUGGCAGUCCCCACACCCUGCUCUGGCUUCUUCAGGUUAUCGCACCACUAUGGAAUCCUUUGUAGAAUGGUACUCAUAUAAUGGUUUAAAACAACACAUUCAUAAUCGGCUCUGUGCAGGAUGUCACUCAAUCAGUUUGGGUUUGCUUUAUUUUAUUUUAUAUAUAUAUAUUUUUUGGUAUCCUGUACAUUGCAGUGGGUGUGAAGAUAGUAUUUUAAUAUUUGUACAAAGUUUAAUUUAAUUUUAAUUGUUCUAUGUAUAUAACUGCAUUUCUAAAUAAUUAAAAAAAAAGUUCUUAUGAAGGCAA